CAACACUUUACAUGUUGUGUUUAUAUUUUUGUUCAAUAUAUCUACAGUAUGUUGUCCUGAUCACUUCCCUGAUGUGUGUGUGGUCUGUCACUUGCAGUUGGCUUAACGUGAGCGUGGCCAACCUGACCUGUACCCUGCGGGGGCUGCAGGAGGUGUGGCAUGGGGGCAGCCUACCAGCCCAGCACCGCCCGGUGCACAGCCACCAACAGAAGGAGGACACCAAGCAGCAAUCCAUGCACUGCCUCAGGAAACUACUACCAGAUCUGCUCUCAGAAGUGCUGUGCUCGGACAAAUACAGACUAAGCCGGCAGACUGCACUGGAAUCUCUGCAGAACCCUUACAUAAACAGACACUUGGUCUACUCUAUCUGGGACCUUUUCCUCAAGUUCCUCAUCCCUGAAACAUCUGAGGAAAACUUUCAGAAAACCCUGCUGCAAAGUCUCUCCAAAAACGCAGAGAAACUACCACCAUGAAAGUACUGGUGUACACACACACACGUUUAACAACUGUCAGUGAAUAGCCCUCGAUGAAAGUCCAGCCUAAUGUAUCUGUAACGGCUUUCUUCCUGGGAAGGAGAGGACCAAAGCGCAGCGUUGUGAGUGUUCAUCUUAUUUAAUAAUAAAUACAAACUGAACACUUCAAAUACAAAAUAACAAAUGUGGCAAA